GUACACCUGGUACACGCAUGUAACUGUUUGUGUAACGGACUACUUGAUCUGCGUGCAGUGCUUCGUUGUGCUGAAGUCUUUCCGGAUCUUCACUGCAGUGGCUCGAGUCUCUCGGUUCGUGGGUGUCCGCUUGCCCAAGCAGACCAUACGCCUGCUGGAAAAUCUGAUUAUUAGAUGCUCCCUGUGGCUGCGAUUGCUCGCUGCUUGACCCUCACCCCAACACAUCACGCGCUAUGGGAAUGGGUGUGUCCACCCGAACUCUGUCCUGUGAUAGCCCGAAUGACUCUGAUCUCGCGGUGGUAGUGGACAACCUUGAAGAAAUCCCCCUGGCCUCAGCCGAUGUCCAGGUUGAAGAUGUAGUUCCUGAUGAGAGCCCUGAAUACCGAUAUGUGUCGGAGACUGAUACGGAGCAGAUACCCAUUUGCCAUGAAGGUGCAGUGCUUUUCAUGGAAGGAGGAAAAGUUGAGUUUCUUGCCGGGACAGUGAGUGAAACCCUGCACAUAUCGCCACCUGUCCACAUGAUGUUCCAAGGCACGCUACCAAGCGAACAUGGUGAUGGAGUUACGCUACAUAGUGUGAUGGCGUUUGGAUCGCAUGAAGCUAAAUUUCGAAGACCAGUGCAGGUGGAAAUUGAUGUACCUCAUAUUGCUGAGACUGAUCAGAUCUAUCUUGUUCAUUUUCCUGGCAAAACGUCAGAGUCAGCUGAAGAUAGUGGUUCUGGUGAAAGUACACAGCUACCCAUGUCGCGUAAGUGCUGCACCGUGGUUCAUGUAGGCAACUCAGCGUGGACAGUGACCAAGUUACCUGACGGCGAACCUUACAAAAUACCGGCCAAGCAGGUUGACCGGAAUGCCACCUUGGACAGACCUGAAGAAGACGAAUGCCCAUAUUCAGGUAUCACUGUGGACUAUCAACGGAAGAAGAUCUGUUACAGCAAGAAGCACUUCUGCCAUGAUGGCAUCUACACGUGCGGAGAAGAGCUGAGCCCGGAGCAGAUCAGGAUGCUGCCGUGCACGGACAAGCUCAAGGCCUGCAGCGUGUGGGUCUACGGCGAGAAGACGGAAGACAGAGAUCCAGCGCACCUGCACAUCAAGGCCAUUCCUGCCGUCGGACCAUUCCUGGCACCGCCUCCAAAGCUGCUGUCGCCGCCAGAUGGAAUGUCCCAGCUGGCGCGCUCACGGAACUAUUUCCUGCUCAACGAAGGCGAUUCGAUCUCGUACAAAUUCAAGGUGCACCCGGAAACGGACUGGCAGCCCGCCUGUGUGGAAAAUCCGCCGACGUUCUACAAGCUUGAGUCAUCUGCUCGUUUCCAGUCUCGCAAGGGCACCGGAUGGGGCGGUAGUUAUGGACCGCAAGGCGAUAUUGAAUGCCGCUGCUGUACCGACCAAGGAAACAUAGGAAAUGUCCUAAAUGGCAAGCAGAAUGGCACUGAAGCAGAAUCGGCUACGGACGACAAGCUGAAGGUGGUCAAGUGCCACCCCAUUCCAAUAACAUUCACAUAC